AACAGAUUCCAUUAUUAUUUAUACCGUAUAAUAUAAUAACCGUACUAUAUGGCGGAUCGGUAAUACAACGAAGCAGAAAGAACAUUCCAGCAAAAUAGCAGAGGUAGCAAAAUUGUCCGAUAAGCUGGCAAUGCAGCAAUCUAGGUGACAAGAAUGACCAUAGCGUAUGUCUAUCCGGGGGUAACGACGGAGCUGGAGACAUUUAGUAAGUCAAAGCGGCAGUUUUCCAAUCUUCAUUUGCAUUUUUCAAGCGGUGUGCAACGAUUUAGAGAAAAAAUUCGCUACGGAUAUUCUUCUAGAGUCUAAUAGAGUAUAUUUCAGUAGUUGUCUUGAAUGGCCAUGUUAUCUUUACUCGGGCCGGUUCUUAUCAAUAAUUGGAUGUAUACUGCAUAGCGCGGUAUAACGCAAUCAUAUCUGAAACCGCUGACAAGGCUAUCGGAAACGAUCACAUUAGUAUCAUCAUUCAUCGCCACCAUAUCGGUGUAGUAUCGUAUCAGUUGUCAGUGUCAGUAUUCAUUAGCGCGCAUCCCUACACAUGUGUUUGUCAAAGAAGUGUCUACUUCAUCAACCAUGGUUUGUUGGUUUGCAAGAAAAUAAACAAAGAACUUAAUUAAAUACCAAAUUUGUGUAAAAGUUUGUGGUCACGUAGAAUUAUUCUUUGGAUAUUUUGUGGUCAUCUUACAACAUUUAAGACACAUGGAAGAUGGAAGGGUUUGAUGCUAUUUAUUACGAAGAAGAAAUAGAAAACAAUGAAGAGGCUGAACCUAUGGAAAUCUCGUUGGUUCCUGAUCCUGUAGUAAUUAGAGGUGCUGGAAAUAUGACUGUGUUUGGUUUAAGUAACAGAUUUAGUACAGAAUUUCCUAGUGGACUAGUUUCGCGGGUAGCUCCUGAAGAAUUCAAGGAGACUAUUAUGCGAGUGAACGGUAUAUUGAAAAAGACUCUUCCAGUAAAUGUUAAAUGGUUGUUUUGCGGCUGCCUAUGCUGCUGCUGCACUCUAGGCUGUUCUCUAUGGCCAGUUAUAUGCCUCAGCAAGAGGACUCAACAUUCCUUGAAUAAGCUAUUAGAGUGGGAGAAUAGUUAUUUAUACAACAAGUUGGGCUUGCAUUGGAGAUUGAGUAAGCAACACUGUGAUUCUUCAUCGAUGAUGGAAUAUGUAAUUUUAAUCGAAUUUCUACCAAAAAUACCGAUUUACAAGCCUGAUUAGUCUUCCUUUGUUCUCGUUGUAAAUAUGAUUCCCGUUUAGAUUGAAGAUGCCGUUUGACAUGUAAAUAACUGAUAUCUAUGUGAUAUGAAUCAUCGUUUCAGUUGUCUCUUUGAAUUUUUUGAAUUCGUGUAAUUGUUAGUACAAAUUUUUGUAAAUGCAUUCAUUAAUUAUUGUAAUAUGUUAUUAACAAUAAAUAGUUAAAAGUA